GUGGCCAAGACCUGGAAGCCUGGGCCAAUGCAGGCAGUGCCAAGGGCCGUCCACACGAUCCGAACUUGUUCACCAGCGAGAGGCCUCAGCAAGGCGAGAAUUUGGAUUGCCGGCAGUAUGACUCGAUCCAUGACCCUGAAGCCGCCUCUGUGGAAGGUUGGUAUCGAGAGGUGAACAGCUGCCCCAAGGGUGGUUGGCAGGAGCACUCUUUGUUGUUUGAAUGCCUGAGGUCGCUGGGAAAUGUUGGGAAGAGGCUCUAAGAAUCUUUUCACCAUUUUUCACCAGAAUCAAGAAAUUGUUUGAACAUAUGUAGAACUAAACCUGAGAGAUUUGGCAUGUGAGAGGCGACGACUAGAACAUAUUUGAGAGCGAACCCCAGGAUGGCUGUGGGGGUGUCUUGAAUCACUACACCACGCUCAUCUGGAAAGAUGCGCGGCGGCUGUUUUGCUUCGUGGGACUGCGGGGCGACAUGCGUGUGGUGAGCUGCCGCUACGCCGCGGAGGGGGACGACUCCAGUGGUUGCCAAGUGCCAAACACAGUGGGGCCACCAGGCAGUGAAGGAUGCCAAUUGGGCGCCGGUGUACCAAACCACGUGCCGGAGGUCCCAGGCAAAAAGAAACACUGCCCGCCCAAGUGGACACCACCCCCACCUGGGGCACCAGUGGGCGCACCUGCACCUGCAGCAGCUGCACCUGCUGUGCCGGGUUUGGGAUGCGUGGAACACGCCUGCAUGACGAGUUGCAUCCAAAAGAACCAGUUGAGCACCUGUGAGAGAUGUUUGAACUCAGAACAAUGUGGAGGAGGCAUGUACUGCUGCCCUUUCAUGAAAAAGUGUGUGAGCAGUGGCGAUCAGAAGUGCAUGACACCCAUUGCCUUUUGUCAGCCACCCUGCAUGGACAGCCAGCCCUUUGAGCAGUGCAAGUGCAAUCCUAAAGGAUCUCCGGAUGUCUUCCCCCAGGGCUGGCAGAAGUACACUUGCAAGGUUGGGCAAAAUCCAGUGCCAGUGACAACCACGCCCACUCCAACUUCUCCUCCUACCAAGCUGAUUUUCACCGGCAUCAAAGAUCAGAAUCAAUGGACUCGGAUGAAUAGUUGGAUGGGACAACAGAUGGGAGGCUGGAAAGCAACCAAUAUGUGCGCAAGUGUUGAGGCUACCACUCCUUCUGCGCAACAGCAGAAUGUGUUUACUUCUGCCAAGGGGAUCUUCGUCCUUGGUUUUAGUGCCAUGUCACCUCUGAAUCCAGGCAAUGCGGGCAUCGCCACGUUUGAAGGCCUCAAGCCCACGGUCCAGCAAACCAACCAGGCGGACAUGGAUCAGGUUUGUUCAACCCAACGGCUAUGGAGCACCAAUUCUGCACCGAGAGACGCAAUGUCCAUGCUGCUUCCCGGAGGCCUCUCGAAGGCGUCUGCUUGGGGUAUGGCAGCCUUUGUCACCCUCGUCACCUGUGGCCUCUUCCUUGCGGUGGCUGCCCGCCGGCGCCAGGAGAGGCCUUUGGACGCUGAGUGGGGAGAUGUGCGAGAUGUGGCCGAUGCCUCCUCACUGCUGGGUUGAGGCACAACGAAGGAUCAUCGUCUCCUCGUAGGCCUUCGAACACUUCAGUGAGAAGCAAGGGGCUUUGUGCGAUUGAGUGACGUUACCUGGAAAGACCCCGAUGAGCCAUUUCCACACUAGGAAGAGGGCCAAGGGCUUCAUGGAAGCUUCGGGGUGGAGUUGUGUCCUUUUGAGGGGAAGGAUGUGGCCCUCACUUCAACCAUGUGUGAACAGAUCUCCCUCAGAAAC